UGUCCCCAGCUCGGAAUUGCGAAACACACAAUUUGAAUUCAAAAUUUCAGAAUUCAAAUUAAUUUUUGAAUUUUUUUACUGUUUUUCGAACUUAUUUGUUCGCAUGCCGGCAUUAGUUUAUUUGAAAUAAAUGGCAACUGUAAGACACAUGCUGUAUUGUUGAUCAACAAAAUUUAAGUAAGAUGUUAUAACGGAAAUUUUGUGUGUGAUGCUUAGCUUUUAGCUGCAUUUUUUUACACAACAACUUCAGGUAAAUACAGAAACAUUUUAAAUAUGAAUGUGCAAGAAGAUUGUCUACGCAGAAGAAAAAGGCAUUCAAAUAAAGAAAAUUCAGAACAAAAACAAUUCAGAGUAACAGAUUAUUUUCCUAUUAGAAGAAGCAAUAGAAAGGCUGUUUAUGUUGUAAAGAAAGAAAACCAAAAACUCAUAGAAGAAACAAUUUUAUCCGGUGUGGAUGGUGAAAGAAAAAAUGGUUUUCAGGUGAAACACUUUCCUGAUAAAGGCCGUGGCAUUAUAACAACCAGAGCUUUAAUGUGUGGUCAGUUUGUGAUGGAGUAUCACGGAGAAUUGAUAGAUUACCGAGAAGCCAAAAGGCGAGAAAUGCUUUAUGCAGAGAAAAAUGUCGGAUGCUACAUGUAUUAUUUUAAACUAAACAAAUGCUAUUGUAUUGAUGCAACUGAAGAGUCGGACAGGCUGGGCCGUCUCAUCAAUCACAGCAAAAGAGGGAACCUGAAAACACGUAUUAUUUUUGUCAAAGAUCAGCCUCGCUUGGGAUUUUUCGCCUGUCGAGAUGUCCGAGCGGGCGAAGAGCUUAGCUAUGACUAUGGGGAUCGCAGCAAAUUGUCUCUACAGUUUCAUCCAUGGUUAGCAGCCUAAAAUGUUCUCAUUUCACGUAUUUAUUACUCAUUUUUUAAUGCUAUGCACUUCAACCAUCUCAUUUAGAAUGCAUUUCCUUUUGAAUAUUAAUGUAUGCAAAAGUCAAAAUGUUACACUCACUUUUUUAUUAUUAAACUAAUUAUAAAUAAUCUUGGGUACUUGAUUAUAUUUAUACAACAUUUUCUUAAGAAAAUCUGUAUGAUGGGUUUUAUAAAUCAAAAUAUUGUAGAUUAUUUAUUUUUUUUCCCCUUUAUCAAGUAUAUAUUCUACUUGAUAUAUACCCAAUAUGACAAUAAAAUUCUUUGGUCCCCGCUUAUUUGCAUAUAACAUGAAAUAAACUGUCCUGUUUAAUAUAUUCUUUACAGUUAUCCUUUAGUUUCUGAUGAUGCACUCGCCAAUCGUAACAUUUAUUACUGAAUUAAGCAUUUCUAAUGUAUUAAUAAAACUGUAAGUGAAUACUAGGAAAAAUAAGUUACUCAUAAAUUUAUUUAAGAAAAACAUCAACCCUGAAAAUUGUCAGUUUUGUGAUGUUUAUAAUGCUAAAUUCAUUAAAAAUGGUAUGAUUCAUUAAGCUUUAUCAUGUAUUGGUGAGUUGAAACUCUUUUAAAUGUUUUUCUCUAGAAUGAUUUUUUCUUUAUUUUCCCUUCCUUUCUCAAUUAUUAUUCACUUUAAAUAUCCGAGAAAGAAAGAGAAUCCCAUUCUUCCACUUCUUGCUUUAAAAUUGUCUUAGCUGACAUUUGAAUGUUAAACUCUUAUGCCCCCUUACAGUUAAGUCACAUAAUCCAUAAUGGCUUACCCUUUUCUAUCAAGCAACAUGUUUCCUUUCUGAGAAAUAGAUCAAAUGCUAUUUAGUGUGUCUUACUUCUUUCCUGUUCUAUUGCAUAUAAGUUAACUUUUUAUUUCAACAUAAAUGUUUCAAACUCUGCUUGAUUAAAUUAGUUCUUCUAGCAACUACACAAUCACAUAUUCCACAAAAAACAAUCAACUGUUAGAUGCUUCUGGGAUGUGAAUUUUAAUAAAAUACUCUGACAAGUUCUGCUUUGUGAAAUACAAUUUUAACAAUACUGUAAUUUCUUGCACAUUAUCUGCUUUUUUCUCCUAAACGUCAAAAAGUAUUUAAUGUCAAUUUACAGCAUGAUUCACCAAUAGACUGCUUCAUUGCGUGUAGGGAUGUUUAUUGUUUCAUGUAGCCUGAAUUUGCCUUUUGCGCCUGGUUUUCCAAAUUGAGUGCCGCGAAGCGUACAUUGUAUCAAUCUAUAUGUACAGUGGCUCCCAAAAGUGUUCGUACACUUUGAAAUUUUUUAGUAAAAUCAAAAUAACUCAAAACUGAAUUCGAAUAUAAAGUCCAAUAUUUUUUCACAUCAUUCCUAUGUCAUUCUAAAUAUAACCCAUUGGUUUUUUUAAAAAUAUUGACGGAUCUUCUUUUUGAAAUGGGUCAGAAAACGAAGAGACAGAGAAAUAACAUGCCACAAAAGUCAUCGUACACUCAAAUAUUUUCGAAUAAAUUCAUGAUUAAAAUUAUCAUAUGCCAUUUUAUUAAUAUUUUUGCAUUGUGUUGACCCUUAUAAGUCAUUUGGCUUUAAUUUUUUGUUUAUUUAUUCCUUAAUAAAUUGCUUAUUACUGUAAAAUGGCUGGUAUUUGUAAAAAACCGCAAACGCCAUUCUAAAUUUGAAUUUUUUUUCCCACAGUAGUGGUAAAUUGGUUUGAAAUGUCUCUAAAUUAGUUAAUUUAUUUGUUUGUAUAGUAAAGUGCUUGGUAAAAUGCUUUAAAGAAAGGAAUCGGACCGAAAGCAAGGUAAGAAAAGGUCAACCAGCAAAGUUGACAAAACGUGAUUGUAGAUUUAAAGUUAAAAAAUUUAUGAAAAAUACACAUUUGAGGGCUGUAAAAGUUUCUGCAGAGUUAAAUGAAACAUUUUACAUUUAAUUUUCACCUAAAAUUGUUCGCCAAGUUCUUUGAUUAGCUGAAUUAAAUGGGACCUCUUCCCGCAGAAAUUUUCUUGGUCGUGCGAAAAACAGAAAGCUUACGCUUUUCGUCCCAAAAUUAAUGAUAAAUAAGCUAAAAACAGUUUAGAAUCAUGUCUUACUUACAGAUAAAAAUUAAUUCAACAUUUUUGGUUAAAUUGUUGUACAACUGUAAGUAGAAGAAAAAGUUACGAACUUAAUCUUAAGAACUUAGUUGGAUCAGUUAAUCAGGACGGUGAAGGUGUUUUAGUGUGAGGGUGCAAAUCAGCAUCAGUACUCGGUAGUUUGUAAUUUUUUGAUGAAAUAAUGAAUCAUGCUGUUCCUUUAAAUAUUUUGAAAACCAAUUUUGAACUCCUAGCCAAAAAUUUGGUUAUUGGAAACAACUUUGUUUUUUAUCAAGAUAACGAUAAGAAGCACACGGUUUUCAACGUUUGCAUCUAGUGCCUCAAAAAUUGUCCUUAAGUUUAGAAAAUACCCCCUCAAUCUCCAGAUUGUAACUUAAUGUAACGUAUUUAGAGAUAUCUGGAGGCUAGAUUACGAAAAUAGGGCUUUAAAACGAAAAUAGAGCUAGAAAUAGUGAUACUCAAAGUGUGGUAGAACACUUACUCAGAAAUUACGGUAAAAAAAGAAAGAAAAAGAAUGAAAUCUAUUCCCAGACAUUUAAAAGGUGUUAUGAAUACUGUAUGAUAUUCUAUUAAUUAACAACUUAAUCAAAAGUUAGAUUAUUUAAUAAUAUAUAGACAUUUUAUAAAGUGUACAAAGACUUUUGUAAGAUAAAAUUUCCAGCACUUUUCGGUUUUUGAUUUUUAAAAAAAUUAAGUUUUAAUAUUUUUUAAAAACUUUUCAUGCAUUUUUGUUAAAAAUUGAUCAUAGAUCUUAAAAUUAAAUACCUAUUCCGAAAUAUUCAUUCUAGCCAAUGAUUUGGGGCCUAUUUCGUUGAAAGUCGUAGGUGUACGAAGACUUUUGGAAGCCACUGUAUAACUAUGGUAAGUUGAAACAGUGUAACAUUGCUACACCUGUUGCAGAUUUUUGAGGAGGUCUGCAAAUUAUUUCUUAAUUGGAAAGAUUUUUUUUUCGCUUUCUGCACGAAUUUCCCAAAUUUAAAAGCAGGAAAAUCAAGUUCUAAGUGAAAAAAGAAAAGACAAAAGGCAUUUAAAUCUGUUCAGGAGUCCUUAGUUGUUAAAAGGUCAAAAGAAUUUGUUCCUGCAGCUACUGGUGCCUCAGUCUUCUAUUCUAUUUUGAAGCUUUUUUGUCUUUGUUUUACUCGUAAUUUUUAAAUUUAGCAUUUUAUUUUCAAGCUUUCCUUUUUGCUGCUUCAUAGUAAGUAUAACAACUAAUCAAAUGCUGAUCUACUUUGCAUACUAAAUUUGGGUUUUUAAUGUUCAUUGUAGACUACUGAAAAAAAAAUUUGCUACUGGGUGUGUAACAGAGACAGAAUAGGGUGCAACGAAUCAGAAAAGUUUGGAAAUCGGUUUUAUGCAAUUCAGGCUACCUAAAAUGAACAAUCCUACAGGCAACUUUUGCACUACCCAUUUGUACUGGUUACUUUGCCUUUGUCUUUAAGUAAUUAGCAUAUUAUGAUCAGGAUUUCAAGGAGACUUGUUUAGAGUAAUUUUGAUUAUAGCUUAAACAUUACUACUUUAGGUUUUUAAUUCAGUUGCUGAAAUUUUGUGUUAAAUUAAAUUAACUUUGUUUUUUUACCAUAUUAUCUGCAGAUUAUAUGCUGCUGCGGAUAAUACGUAGGAAAUUACGGUAGUUUUAAUUGAUUUAAAAUUUCAACAAUAGUAGAUUUUGUAAUAUAACUACCUAAAAGAUGCAUUUUAUUUCAAAGUUAAAAAUCAAAAGAAAAAGUUGAUAAUUUAUAAAUUACAAGCUAUGAAAACAUAAAAAAUAUACUAGAAGAGUGAAAAGAAAAUGUGGGAAGGCAUAUUGUCGCCUCAGAGCAACAGUAGGAUAUCUUAGUGUUAUUCCUGGGAUUAAUGUCUAAGUGUUGCUUUGAGGACACAAUAUGUUUUCUUUUCACAACACAUUUUAGACAAGCAUAUGUUUGUCCACAAUUCUGCAAUGAAAUUUAUUAAAGAAACCUUUCAGCUUCUGCAAGAGAAGAAAAGAAUAAAGAUAAGCAAUUUUAUUAUCAACUCAUUCAAAUUUGAUUAAGGUAAUAACAAUCAGAAAAAAGUUUAAAAAAAAAAAAGUUUUAACUUUUCAAAAUUUUUAUCAGUUAUUUUACUAUAAAUGUUAAGUAAAUCCAAUGAAUAAUUGAAGCUUUUUUUUUAAAAAAAAUCAUAUAUUAAAGAGGACAAGGGAAUAAAAAAUAACUUUUUAAUUUGAAAGAAUCAACAUCAGUGAUAAUCAAGUUAUGUACAAUAGCAAUUGGUUUAGUUUAUAACAAGGUUUCAAAGCAGCUACGUAAGAGCACAGUUGGUACAUCAUUUUAUUUGCUAAUUCAUUAGGGUGGCUCAAAAAUACAUGUAAAAAAAAAAAAAUUUCUCCUAGAUAACAGGACACCCCUCAAUAUUUUUAGACUUGUGAAUAGUAAUAUAUUGGAAGAAUUCUAGCUUCCUAUUUCGUCUGAAAGAGGGUGCUCAACCCACUCCCCCAAACUUCAUUAGUAUGACGAAGGGGGGUUAAAAAAAUACAUUGAACUGAAAAAACAAUGCCACAUAUUAUAACAUGCACGAGUAAUAUGCAUAGACAUUGCAAUAAAAUAAUUUACAAAAAAAAAAA